UUCAGCGUAUUUUGUUGUUGUCGGAGGUAAAAAAAAUGCCGGUGUAGCAAUAUCGAGUUCUUCUGUGUCGACAAUAGUAUUAGUUUAAGGAAAAUAGAACGAAAUGGACGAAGACAACUCGCCUCUAGUGAAGGCGGAACCGGGAGAUGAUUCCGAUCAGCAAAGCGAUGAAACCGAGAGCUGCAUCAAGGACAUGCUGCAGGAAAUGCAAAGCAAGGAGCGGGUAAAACGCCCCCAAGCUGCUACUGUGCCUGCUUCUAUCGCCCCCGCCACGGCAGUUCCGGAACAGUCCACACCGCAGGAGCACGAUGAAAACAGUUUCUACAACGUGCACAGCGAUAAGCCGCAGUCGCUAAAAAUGUGCACCGGCGAGCUGGACAUCGUGCUGGAGCCGAAGCUGGCGGGCCCGGUGUACAAUGCGGCCAAUCUCACCCUAGACCGGGCGUUGCUGAACCGAGCGGACAUGUGGCACCAGGUGAUAGUGCACCACGGCAACGGCUGCACGAGGCAGAAAAUUUUGGAAGCCCUGUUCGGCAGCUACUCGUACUGUGAUUUUUUCCCUGUGGCGUAUCGGCGCCACGCGAAUGCCGACUUUUUCCUGCUGCGAAUGUGUAGCCAGGUGCUGUUGAAGAUGUUCGAGGAGGGCCUGCAGCUAAAGGCGGGCAGCAUGACGCUUCCAAUCAGCGUACGGCUCGGGGCGGCCCGAUUCCACACGGGGCAGAUAUUCCCGCGCCAAACCAUCACGAAGGCGGUACAGGAGCGGUGCGAUAAUGCGGCCCAGUACGGUGACAUUGCGGUGCUGAACCUGGACAGCUUUGCCGAGCAUGCCUCGUUGCGGGAGCUCUGCGUGUACCUGGGCAAUCGGGCCCAGUUUGAGGUGGUCUGUUCGGCGAUUGCGCAGGCCAUGGACGGUAACGCGUGCAUUUCCCGGUUGCGGCUCGCGAACAACGAUAUCAGCCACAUGUCGCUGCUGGCCGCGCUAAAGGAUACGAAGCUGAUCAGCUUGGACCUGCGGGGCAACCGUAUCAAACAUCCGAGCUCGCUCCGUUUGCUGAAGGACAUUCCGCUGGUGGAGCUGUACGUGGAGGGGAACAACUUAACCGAUGUGCCUGAUUAUGAGAAAAUUAUACGCAGCUUUUUCCCGAACCUGUUAAAGCUGGACUCCAACCUGACCCAAACCGUCACGACCAAAGCGGUGCGUGACGAUGCGGAGGAAGAGGAGGAAGUGGAAAUAACCUCCCCCGGGACGGUCAUAACGGAAGCGGACCUGAACCCGGGCGCCUUUCAAAAGUACAACAUAACACCCCACUGGCAUAAGGUGACGGUGCACCACAACGGUGUGUGCAACAAGCAGGACAUUCUGGACGGGCUGUUCCAUCUGCUGGGCAAGCAUGCGUUCUACCCCUGCUACUACAAAACCUACUCCAAGCAGGACGAGUUUCUCGUGCAAAACUGCUUCGAAGCGCUGCUGUUUCUGGUGAAGCAAAAGCUGAAACUGCCGAUCCCUGCGUACAACACCGUGCUGAAGCUAGCGCUGGCGAUGAACGUGGCCGAGGCGAGCGACACCGAUGUGCAGCCGCUGCGCAAGCUGGAACGGUUUGUUAACAAACGGUUCAAGCUGGGCUGCCUGGACCUGUGCUCGAUGCAGGACGAGCUGAACGAGUGCAAGGUGGUUGACUUUUGUGCGAAAAGCCCGAGCACGCUCGCGUACAUGCUGGAGUUUGCUGCCCGGAAGUACGGCAACAGCUGUCUGGUGCUGCGGCUGCGGAACAAUGAUCUUCGAAACUGUGCCGCACUGGAAAGUUUGUCCAAGUUUUACAAGCUGGUAUCGCUCGAUCUGCGCUGCAAUGCGCUUUCGAAAAUCUCGGACCUGCAAGGCAUUCCGUGGAACAACAUUACGGAGCUAUUCCUGGACAAUAACCCACUGUGCGGCACGAUGCGCUCCAGCGUGGAGUACGUGCGGAAGGUUAGGCAGUACUUCGGUAUGCUGCAGCAGCUGGAUGGACGUACGCUGCUCGGGAAUUUCACCUACUGCCAGAACUAUCUCUGCACACCGGAAGCGUACAAGUUUGCGGAAUCGUUCGUGAAGCACUACUUCGCGCUGUUCGACUCGUUCCAGCGCGGUGACCUGCAGGAGCUGUACCACCCAAAGGCACAGUUCUCGAUGACGUGUGACUUUGACAUCGAGCGGUCGGGGCAGCAGCUGGAUGCGCAGCUGGACCGGCAGGUCAGCUACGCUCAGCACAGCCGUAAUUUGCUGCAGUUUAAGGACAGUCUGGACCGGGCCGUGUCCAAGCUGAUCGUCGGCAACGAGCGUAUCGGGUACGUGUUGACGUCCUUUCCCAAGACGGAGUUCGAUUUCUGCUCGUUCCGUAUCGAUGUGCCCGUGUUUACGCCCGAGCGCGUCAUGAUCACGGUGCACGGUCGUAUGCACGAGGACGAAGUGAGUGCGCUCGGGCAGGUAAGCUACAUUGGGUUCACCCGCACCUGGUACCUGCAGCCGUGCGGUAUGGGCACGAACCUGUUUCACGACGCGAUCGAGUACAAGAUCCACAACGAUAUGCUGCACAUGUACAGCAUGACAGUGGAAGGCAAUGACGCGUUCGGAGGGCGGAACGAGGCGACGCCGGUGGCGGAAAAUGGAAUGGAUACUUCCAUGCAAAGUGACGAUAGCGAUCGGGAGAACGCAAUGAUCGUCUUCAAGGAGCUCACUCAAUUGAAUCGGGCCUGGUGCAAACGGUGCCUGGAGGAGUCGUCGUGGAAUCUGAAGGUGGCGUUGAACAUAUUCCUCAAGCUGUACGAGUCCAAGCGCAUUCCCAAGAUUGCCUUCAAGGAUGAUAUUCCCUGACGGUGGUCCAACUGCUGCGAGGUAGACACGCAAGAAAGUAGAUCCAAUGGUACAGUUUCUGCACUGUAUAGAUAGAUGAAAUGAAUUCACGUGUCGAAUGUGAGGCUUUAAAGAACUGAAUAAACUCAAGAACUGUCGUACAAAA